AUGUUGUCGAUCGAGCAGAAGUAUAACAUCUGCCUAAUGGCAGAGAAGCAUCCGAAGUGGACACAAUUGGAUUUGGCUAAAUGGGCUUUCGAUAUUUUCCAGCUAGACAAGAAACCAUCGCAAGGGACUGUAUCGAGGUUAUUGGCUAAUAAAGAUACUUAUAUGAAUGCAAAGAAACAUGAGAAGCAUGCAAAUAGACUGAGAAGACAAAACAAUUUUUUGGUACGACGGAUACUACAAGAGUGGUUGUACCAGAGCAUUUGGAAUGAUAUGCCUGUAAGCAUCCAUAUCUUACAAGUUACUUCACAAUCAAUUUGGUUAAAUAUCCCAUCACAGUAUAGAGAAGGUAAUGGGAUAUUCAGUUAUAGAUACAUAGUGAACUUUUUGUCAAAAUUAAAUUUGAAUAGUCAGGUUUUGGAUGCAAGUCAUAAGUUAAAACCAAAGAAAAUUUGGAGGUUCGAAGAAAGAUCGGAAUUGAAACAGCUGCUUGACACUUUCAAUAGUGAUGAUAUAUUUACAGUGGAUGAGACAUUUCUAGCAUACAACCUACCACUGGAUUAUAACCAGUAUGAAUCAAGUAAGAUUCAAAGUAGACUCGAAGUCCUUACAAUGAUGUUAUGUUCUAAUACCUCGGGGUCAGAAAAGCUUAAGCCAUUAGUAAUAGGAAAAUAUAAUAACUAUUCGAGUUUCAAAAAUUAUUUCCCUGAUUCAUCUACCGCCAAUCAAAAUAACACAGGGGAAGAAUCUUCAGUUGGAUCAAAUCAGAAUUUAGGAAGAAAAAUGUCAAAGAUGUUUAAUAUAUCAUACAGAAGCAAUUCAAGAUUAAUUCUAACCAGUAAUAUUUUUCACGAUUGGCUGGUGAGAUGGGAUAAAAGGCUGAUCUCAAAUGAUAGAAAGGUUUGUCUUAUAUUAGAUGAUUCUUGUUCACAUAGAAUCGUCAAUUCUCAAUUAUCAAAUAUCACAUUAGUUUACACAUGCGCAGCAACAAAAUUCUUACCUUUUAAUUGGGGUGUUUUGGACGAAUUCAAAAUAAGAUAUAGAAUAAAGCAGUACGAUGCUUUAAUUGAUCUACAACAAAGAAUGAUCCAGAAGACUUCAAAGCGACAACUGAUUAAUUUUGAGCAAAGUGAGCUUACAAUGUCAAACGCUUUUAAAUUUAUUGAACAAGUGUGGAAAGAAAUCCCAGCAGAAACAAUAAGUUCAAGUUGGAGAUGUUCUGGUAUAAUUUCAUCCAACAAACUUCCGAAAGCAAAUUCUGCAGGAAUAGCAUUCAAAAGAAAUACUCAAUUAGAUGAGGAAUUAGCUAAGAAAUGCGAAUUAUUUGAUUGUGUAAAAAAGUGGGAUUAUGAAUUGCUCUUAGACUUAAAUAUUGAAAAUAAAUAUAGAAAUCUUUUGAAUUCAAAAGAGAUCAUAGAAAGUGCUAUAGUUGAAGAAUUUGAGCCAGAAUUUCAUUCAUACAAAGUUAAUGCAAACAAAAUUAGAGCCAAUAAAUAUAGUCCUAGCCAUUACCAUUCUAGAACUGACAUACCUAAUAAUAAAAUAUGUUGCUCUCCUAGAAUUGACACAAAUAGUAACAAUCUAAUGGGAACAAAUGAAUUACAGCUCGCAGAUUUAGAUAGAGAAUCGUUAAAUUUCGACACCAAAAAAAUAAUGUCUGAAUUUUCUUCAAACAAGAAAGAUAUUAAUCUAGAACCUUCCUUUGAGAUUGAAAAGUUUUUAGAAGAGACGACAGAUAAUCUGGAUAAUAAUUUAUUUAAUGUCAGUACUUUGAUCGACAAUCCUGAUCUAUUUAUUAUGCCAACGAUGGACUUUCAGUUUCAACCGUCAUCAUCGAUGACGAAUAUUGACCAACAGUUCCCUCAAAAUACAUUGCCAGUUGUAACAAAUAACACUAUCGUGGAUCCAAUUUUAGUUAAAAAUCCUCCUGAAAUGUUAACUACAUUAGGUACGAGUGAAACACCCGAAGAACAUGACUGUACAUCUUUAUCAAAUAAUUUAUCUAAUAACAUGUUUACAUCCAGAAAUAUCAAUAAAGUUUCCAUGAAUGUCGACCAAAACCAAAAUAUUGUUACCAACACUACCGAUCCUAAUAUGAAUGAAACAUUAUUUAUACUAGAAGAAACUAAAAACAAUUCGGAAAAUAUAAACAUUAUAAAAGCACUCGAAUAUAUUUUAAACCGUGCAGAAAACAAGCACAAUAUAAUACUUUCUGAUCAGUCAAUUACAGAAAUCCGUUCAAAUAUUUCAUAUCUCAAAAACAAAAUCAAUAAACCACCAAAAAACAAUUUAGCAUCAAGAUACGACAAUUAUAUUCAAGAUAUUUUAGAUGAUCAAUUAAAUCUAAAGUAUCUACACGAUACUAAUUCAGGUACAUAUAAAUCAUAG